UAUCAAACGAAAGCAUUAUUGAAAAGUUUGUUGUAUAUGCUGUACUUUUGUAGAAUAAAAAUAUGUUUUCUUCGAGUUUGAGGAUGUUUAAGAGAAUUUAUAGGAAUUCAUGUGCAUAUAAACUUAGAAAAUGUAGAAACUUAUCGGGAAAUAUUACAAACUACGGAGCUACGUUUGUGCCACAAUUGAAGAAGACUCCAAAUUUGUCAGAUUCCACUGCAGUGAAAGAGAUCAUAGAUUCAUAUGACACAUUUCUAGUCGAUCUGGAUGGAACAUUAUGGGCAACUGAUCACUACAACUCUCUCCCUGGCAUUCCAAGAGCCAUUGAUUUUUUGAGGAAUAAAGGAAAGCAGAUUCUUUUUGUAACUAACAAUAGUUUUCAUUCAAAUUCCCAUUACUUAAACAAAUUUAAGACUCAAGGAUUUGAGGCAGAGGAACACGAGGUUUUCGGUGUUGCCUAUGUUGCAGCUUUAUACCUUAAAGAUAUUCUAAAUGUUACGGGUGAUAUUUAUAUGUUAGGCACACAUGGUAUGGCUGAUGAACUGGACAAACUUGGUCUGAAACAUUUUGGUUUAGGAAGGGAUCCAGAUGCUUCAAGUUUGCAGGUCGAUAAUCUGCUUAAAAUGGAAUUCAGAGAAAAUGUACAAGCAGUUCUAAUGGGAUUUGAUAAGGAUUUUCAUUACAACAAAAUUUACAAAGCAGCUAGUUACUUAAUGGACAAAGACUGUCAUUUCAUUGCCACCAACGAUGCAGAAAUUGCAGUGCAAAUUGCACCCAAUAGGGUACAACCUACAACUGGAAGUCUUAUCCUGUCAGUGGCCGCUGCCUCUAAAAGGACACCCCUAGUGGUUGGCAAACCUCACACUCUCAUGUUUGACUGUAUUCUAGAAAAGUACCCAGAAACAGAUGUAAAGAGAACUGUCUUUGUGGGGGACAGUUUGAAGGCUGAUAUUAGGUUUGCUAACAAUGUUGGUAUUGACUCUGUGCUUGUAUUGACUGGAGCCAACAAAAUGGAAGACUUUAAGGACUUUCCAGAUGCUAUCCCAACAUAUGUAUUGUCAUCUUUCGCAGAUUUUUAUGUACAUUAGUUUUUACUAAUACUGUUGCAUAUUUAUGUUUGGUGAACUGCAUGUAUAGGGGACAUACAAUCUAAUUUCUAAGGACUGUUUGGUCACUUUUUUUUAUCAUUUGAGAGAAAAAAAAAUGUAUCCACUUCAGCUUACAGAAUGCUUGACAGCAAGAUAUUAAUAUAAUCCUAUUAAAUCAAGUGUAUAUUGCUUCUAGUCUCAGGGAUAAUUUAUUGUAACAUGUACAUGAUGUAUAUAUACUGAUAAGUAAUGUUUUUGUUUUAUUUUUCAACUUUGACUGCCAAUCAUGUCAAUGUAGAAAUUCUCUUUUACUUUAAUAUAUUCAGGAUGCAUUUUAGAAGUAGUCUUAAUUUUUUUU